AUGCAACGCGCUGCCGCUUCGCACUCAUCUCCCAAAGACUCUCCCUCCACUCCUAACGGUCCACCCGCCAAGCGCCAGCGCACAUCCGCAGCCUCGUCGCCCGCAACACCCUCCGACCUUGAAGCCGUCAACGCCGCAAUUGCUGCUGAAGAGCUCAAGCGCAGUCAGGCCAUCGAGAAAGCUGCCGCCGAGGCUGGCGAAACCCGCUGGGUACUGUCGUUUCGCGAGCCCGAGAAGGAGGCGCGCCAGCGGAGCGCAUUGCGCGUUGUGAGCGCAGGCUACGCAGCCCUGGACAACGAUGAUGACAGUGACGAAGAAGAUGACGCGCCGCAAGUGGGUCGCAUGUCAUUCGGCAAGAAGCCGGAGGCACCGAAGAAGAACGAAGACAGCGAGAGUGACGAGGGAAGCAGUAGCGAGAGCGAUCAGGACGAAGAUCCCGCCGCGAAGAUGAUUCGCGAGGCGCGCAAGGAGGCGGCGAGGGAAAAGAGGAAGGAGAAGAAGAAGGCCAAGACGGAGAAGGCCGCUCAGCUGGCACAAGAGCGGAGAAACCGCAGUCCUCACGUCAAACUGAAUGCGUUGACCAGCAUCUCGAAUGCUGGCAGUGGAGCUUCAUCAAACUCUAACAUGGAAUGCUUUGGCUGCGGCAAGAAGGGCCAUGCGAAGAAGGACUGCCCGAACCGAAAGAAAAGAAGGAACUGA